CAGGCGUGCCCCUGUCUCCUCCUGCACCCAACAGCAAACACAGCACCUGCUCUUCAGGUGUGCCGUUUUCUCCCAAGGUGAGGAAGGCUGUUCUGUCCUCCUCAUCCUCAUCCUCCUGACCUUUGGUGUGUGGUCCAUGCUACCCAUCAUGACCUCGAUGACUCAGAACCUGUUAAUGAACGUGAACCAGCCCGUCAUGACAACCCCUCCCAUCAUCCCUCCGCCCCCUAGAACCAUGGUAACCAUGGAGAGAGAUUCCGGACUGAACUUAGCCAUUGAAGAAAAGAUGCAAAAGCUACUGAGAGACAUCGAGCUGAAACAGCAGAGGCUGGUUUCCGAGGUGGAGCUAAGACUGCAGACAGACAUCAGAGGCAUCAGUCAAAGAGUGAGAGGUGAGACUCUCCAUGUUGUAUCUCAGCAGAACGUGCGUCUGGACCAGGAGGUGUCAGGGCUGAGCUGGCAGAUCAGAGACCUGCAGAGCGACACACACUCAGCCACCUCAGGACUGAUGCAGAGACUGGAGACACAGCUCUCACACACCACCAAGCUGGAGCAGGAGCUGUCCUCCAUUAAGAUGGCCCCGCCUCCAGCCCCCUGCCCGGAAACGCCCGCCGCUGCCCCUAGCAACGAGCUGACCCCUGAGCUGAAACUGGCCUUGGAGAAGUGGUUCAGUGACAGGGUCAAGGACCAGCAGCUGUAUGUGAGGCAGACCCAGCCUGUCUCCAGCUGUAAGGACUGUGGCCCCCUGGCUGAUAGGAUGGCUGACUUUGCUCUGGAGGCCCAAGGGGCCAGUGUAAUCAGCACCAGGUGUUCAGAGACCUACAGGACCAGGUCAGCGUGUGUGACUCUGUUUGGUUUCCCCCUGUGGUACCCUUCAGAGAGCCCCCGCACCGUUAUACAGGGUAACCAGGUUCUGUUGCCGGGGAAGUGCUGGCGUUCCAUGGCGUGCAGGGUACCCUGGUCCUCUCCCUGUCUCACCCCGUCCGCAUCACUCACGUCACCCUCGACCACCUCCCACGAUGCAACUCACCCACCGGGCGCAUCGACAGCGCACCUCGUGACUUUGAGGUUUAUGGUAUGUCCACUGACUCUGAGGAGGGAAAUCUGUUGGGGAAGUUCACUUACGACCAGGAUGGAGAACCCACCCAGACCUUCAAGCUGCCAGAUCAAAGCGGGGCUGUUCAUCAUUUUGUGGAGCUCCGUAUCCUUAGCAACUGGGGUCACGUGGAGUACACGUGCGUGUACCGUUUCCGUGUUCACGGGCAGAUCGCCGGCGCGUGACCCCCACACACGCCUCCCUCAGACCAGGUCCUCUCCAACGACGUCAAACAGAUCUUCUUUUUUUGUGCAUCUAUUAAAAAAAAGACAAAAAAGACAAACUCAGCCUAAAUCGCAGUUUUCUAACAGCUAGAAUCAGGGUGUUGUGAUCAAGACGAGAUGAGAGGAAUGUAGGGUAGCUGUGCCUGGCUGGAUGAUAACCAGGUUUUACUGGGCUGGGAGUGGAUAUGGUCCUCUGCUUGAUCAAAGGUUUCAAUGGUUGGUUGGUUUGUUCCAGUGAUCGAUUUGAUGUUUUUGCACUUCCUCCAUGGAGAGGAACAGGAAGCUCUCUCUCUUGCUGAGAUAUUUGAUGAUCUAUACAGCGCCUGUCAGAAACACCUUUUAUUCUUUAGUCUUUUAUUGUUUUUGAGAGACACAUGUUCCUGUUGAUCAUAUGUAACAGAUUAGGUCAUUUAACGGGAUGAAGAUUUACUUUGACCGAAAUGUACAGAUAUUGCUACAAAAAGCUUCAUUUUCAUCAAACUGUCACCUUAGGAAAUAUUUGGAGAACAUGCCAA